CUCCCGACACGCAGUCAUUCCUUUGACUGGGACACACGCACGGCGGUGUCGGAGGAGCCGCGCCUGGAUGUCACAGGACCCCUGGGAAACACCUCGAUUAUCCCUAAAUGUGAUGAAACUAUACAAGCGUUUCUUUACAUUUUCAGGAUAAACUCACGCACUGAGAGGAGAAGAACUUUUUUUUCCUUUUUUUUUUGUAAAAAAAAAAUCUACUUUCGGGAACUGAUAUUUUAUUUCAAUACAAAAGGUGUUUACAUCAACAAUGUUGCCACAUUGCUCCCUCCUGAUGUUGCUGUGCUCAGCCCAGCUACUCUCUCCCUCCUCUGCUUUGCCCUUCGAGCAGAGAGGCUUCUGGGACUUUGCCCUGGACAGCAUGGACACCGGUGGGCUGAUGUCAAUGAUGAAAGAUGAGGAAGAAGGGUCCGCCAUAGAUGAGCUCCCCCCUCCUGACACACACAUGUGCCCCUUCGGCUGCCACUGCCAGCUCAGGAUCGUCCAGUGCUCCGACCUCGGUUUGACGGAGGUGCCGAAGAAUAUUCCUACAGACACCAAGUUCCUGGACCUGCAGAACAACCGCAUCACUGAGCUAAAAGAGAAUGACUUCAAAGGCCUUACAAACUUAUAUGCUCUGUCUGUGAGGAAUAACAUGAUUGCCAAAGUCCACCCCAAAACAUUUGCCCCUUUGAAGCACAUGCAGAAGCUCUACUUUUCAAAGAAUCUGAUGACCACCAUCCCCAAAAACCUGCCUACCUCCCUGGUUGAGUUGCGGAUCCAUGAGAACCGCAUCAAGAAGGUGGCAGCUGGAAGCUUCUCAGGACUGGGCAACAUGAACUGCAUAGAAAUGGGAGCGAACCCCAUCCAAAACAGCGGUUUUGAGCCUGGAGCGUUUAAGGGACUGAAACUGAAUUAUCUGCGCAUAUCAGAAGCCAAAUUGACCGGGGUGCCAAAAGAUCUGCCAGAGAGUCUCAACGAGCUUCAUCUGGACCACAAUCAGAUCCAGGCCGUGGAGUUGGAGGACUUGAGCCGAUACAAAAACCUCUACAGACUGGGUCUUGGGUUUAACCAUAUCCGCAACAUAGAGAACGGCAGCCUGUCCUAUCUGCCCAGGCUGAGGGAGCUGCACCUGGAAAGCAACCAUCUCACGCGGGUUCCCCGAGGCCUCCCGGACAUGAAAUACUUACAAGUGGUGUACCUCCACUCCAACAGAAUCAGUCAGAUUGGUGUGAACGACUUCUGCCUUCGAGGAUUCGGGAUGAAGAGGACCUUCUAUAACGGCAUCAGCUUGUUUGAUAACCCUGUCAACUACUGGGAGGUGCAGCCCGCGACGUUCCGCUGCGUCAGCGACCGUUUCGCCAUUCAGUUCGGAAACUACAAAAAAUAGAAACCGACAGAGAUGCUGAGAUGUGGGGAGAAUGAGUGAGGCGAUGGAGAAUAGGGGGAAGAGCUGAUCAUUCGAAUAAUAGAUUAAAACAAAGGAUGAAAAUGGAAGUUUAUAUUUGAGGUUAAUAAUUUUUAUACUUGCUGUUUUCAUGGAAUGGAUGAGUGAUGGGGAACGUGGGCGACAAACUGACAGAACGGAAAAAGAAGUGAAAAACAAAAUCCCAUAACUUGAAGUGAGUGGAGGGUGAAACCUGUGCAGUUCUACAUCUGGGUUUUUGCAUAUUUUUUCUAAAAAAUCAUGGUUUUGAAAGUUUUAAGUAAGGGAAAGUUUGGGAAGAAUGUUUUUUCCAAAACCUUCUUCAAUGAAAAGCGAGUACUGAAAACUUGUGAAGCAUUUCAUUCCAGUUUUUUCCCUCACAUGUCUUCGCAUGACAGAGGUCGUUCAUCUUCUAUUCAUGUUUUGGUAAAGAUAAGGACAAAAAAAAUAAAAAAUAAAUAAAAAUACAGUGCAUUCUAGAUUUAGUUUUUUUUAAUGUGUAUAUAAAAAAGGUGCUAUGUGACUUCCUGUGUGCAUUAAUUUAGCAAAUAUGUCACAUUAUCCUUGUUUCACUGAUCUGAAGAUAUUUGCUCCCUUGACUCUGUGAUUCAAAAUCAAGGAUUCACAGAAUUAGUUUAUCACCAGCUGAUCAAUUCAUUAGAGGGGUAAACAGCCUCUUACCUCUUAACAGGGCUAAACAUAUUUUCUUAUUGAUCUCUUAUUGAAUCUUUCUCUCUGCCUUUACUAAAUAAUUAGUUAUUUGAGCGACACCUUUAAGUGGUAUUCCUUAAGGGGAGCACUGUGAUGGUGGGUCCUCCCCCGACUGAGGAAACACUCAUCUGCUUUGCUUAGAGACCAUGGAGGCAGUCGGCUCACGUAUGUGCUAUAAAUUAGUGUCAAUGCAUUGUUUUGCACAGUUUAUUUUUGUUCUUUUUUAAAUAUAUAAACUUUAUCUGCUUGAGGGUACAGUACAGGGGACUGGGGGGUGGGAGGUAGCCUGUUUACAUUGGUAGACCUAUGUGGAACUACUUUAGCCAUAAGUAUUAUGUCCUGUCUCUGUUCUGUAAUCUGACAACCUACUGCUGCAUGUGAAUAAAGACGAUUUUAGCCUGCUGCAUUCAGCGAGAGAACAACUGAUACACCUGGGUUGAAUGCUGUGUGAGAAAUAAAGAUGAUAUACCCCAAAAUGGUUAACACUUGAUAAAUUAAUAAAAAAAAUAAAAAAAGAAUUUAAUUUUUUUUACCCUUGAGCAUGUGCUACCCUGCCGCGAUUGUACGGUGUUAUCAGACUUCAGAUGAGCAACA